GGAUGAGCAUCCUUGACAUCAGUAAGACCCUCAUGUACGAUUUCCACUACAAUUACAUUAAACCAAAGUAUGGGGAUGAUGCCAGGCUCCUAUUCACGGACACGGACUCCCUAUGCUAUGAAAUUAAAACCGAGGAUUUCUUCAAGGAUAUAUCCGACGAUGUCCUCGAAAGAUUCGACACCGGCAAUCUAGGUAAGGACCACCCAUCCGGAAUCCCAACGGGUGUAAACAAAAAAGUUAUCGGAAUGAUGAAGCUGGAAACGGGUGCAAAACAGAUCGAAGAGUUUGUGGGAUUAAGGUCAAAGCUAUAUGCUUACAAAAUGGCGGAAGACGGUGGUGAGGAAAAGAAGUGUAAGGGAGUCAAGAAAGUAGUCAUCAAAAAAGAAAUAACAUUCGAAAAUUAUAAGGAAUUUCUCUUCAGCGGUGAGAAACAGUGGAGGGGAAUGAAUGUUUUCAGAAGUAGGUUACACAAAAUAUAUACGGAAAGGGUCGUCAAGGUAGCCCUGUUUGCAAAUGAUGACAAGAGAAUAAUUAUGGAGGAUGGAGUCCACACGCUAGCAAUCGGACACAAAAGCCUAAGACAGUAGAAACCAAUUUUAAUAUUCGAGGAAACAUUAAAAUGUUAACAGGUCUACAGUAAUUUUGUAAUUAUGAAUGCAGAUCCUAGUCCUAAUAUUCCGAUUGUGAUCUGUUGGGAUUCUUCCAUUUCGUUCGAUGGUUUGUAGUAAUCGUGAAUCGUUGGUUCUUUAUCCAGGGUCAGUUCCUCCUGCAGUUUCCGCAGGGAGUCAAGAGCACGGUUUGUCGUUUCCAUAUCCGAUUUGGCGUCGGCUAGUUCCUGCCUGAGUAUUGCAAUUCUGUUCUUUUUUUCCACCUGACUUUCGUACCAUUUUUCCUUAGCCUUGGCUAAUUUUUCCAGCGCUUUUGUUGUGUCUUUUCAUUUCGCCUUCGUAUCCACUGUGGUUUAAUUUACUGAACAGGUAUCCGGCUCCUGCGAAUGCUACGGCGUUGAAUAGUCCUCCGACCACAACACUUGUCAUCUUUUUUAUUAUAGUGGUUUAUUUGAAUGGAUCAUCCGGUACUAGUUUAGGGUAGUGAACUCCAACCGCACCGACUCCAAGGGCUACGGCUAAUUUUAGAAUUCCUUUCGGACUACUAGGUACUCCGAGAUUGUCACCUGCAAAUUUUUUGCUUACCACGGACACAGCGACUGCUCCGAGCGUAAUAAGUCCGGCGUCGAAGGCUUCGUUCAUAAAGUCCUUUCUAUCUCCCAUGUUUUAUUAUAUGUGUUCUUAUUUAUUUUUUCCUUUUCCUGUAUUCAUUGUACAGGAA